CGAAAGCCGAGUGAGCGAAUGGAUGGCCGGGAGCGGAAAGGCCUAGGAGGAGCGUGAGGAUGGGUGCGGAGGCUAUUGUGUGUUGGGAAGAAUGGGUCAAGGACGGCCAUAAGAGUUCCAUAUCGACCCAAGUUUCGCCGUUGGCUAUUGAUAUGCCCGGUUCAGGAGGGCAAGGUUUGAAGGCGUGAGUGAAUGACCACCAGUGACAUCUUGGCGUCUCGAUUUACCCCCGCAUUUCUCAGCUGCAGCGGGAGCAGACCCCGCUAGUGUGAAGCCAGAACGCAGAAGAAAAAAACUCGGCGAGAAAGCAAAGCAAAGGGCAGAAAAGGACGACGCUUGGCUCGCUUGGAGGGAAUUGACCGGAGACGGACCGAGCGUCUGGCGAUAUAGCCGAAAGCGGAGAUGCCGAUGGGAGCACAGAGCCGGUGUCCAAAACAAACGCAGCCAUCUCCCUGCCAGUUUUCCGACGCCUGCCUUCCUCCUUUCCUCCAACCGCCAUGUUCUCUGACCAUCCCCUCCCUCCUCCGCCCCCCAUGCUCGAACGUCCCCCUCCCCCUCAGAAACCUCCCGUCGUCCGAGGGGCCCGUGCUUGCACCGUUUGCAGGCUCGCAAAGAUGAAAUGCGUCGGUGGUGAGGAGGGUGUUAAGCCCUGUCAGCGUUGCAAGCGUUCCGGCGCAGACUGCAUCUUUGAAAAACAUCGCAGGGGCCGCAAGCCUGGCUCCAAACUCUCAGAAGCAUCCAGGGUUCUCCGACAUCUCGAGAAGGGUCUCCCUGGUGCGAAGGCGAAAGUCGAUCCGACCUGUACGUCACAGUCGCCCGUCGCUGAACAAGAUAGUCACCUUUCCAUCGGGCGCUUUCCGAAUAACGAACUUCCCCCGCUCAAAAUUCCCCCCGACUUCGAACUUCCCCUCCCCCGUGCUUCUGACCCUACUUCCUCUCGUAUGCCCAUAGACUUUGACCAGGACCAGGACGAGAAAAAGCCAGAGUCCGAGACCAUGUAUCCUGCUAACCUUAUUCGUCGUGAAGGUGAACGUUCUUCCUCUUUCUUCAAGACCAUCCUCAACCCGCAACCGGAGGCACCAUCAAUACGUUUUAAAGAGUCUAGCAGCCCGUCUCCACAGCUUCAUUCCCCUGUCGUCCCUCUCACAUCGUCUAUCAAUGUCACAGUCGCUUCGGAGUUGAGAGAUCCUAUCGAAGCCGGUUUCAUUGACGAGAAGCAAGCUGACACCUUGUUCCAACUGCUCUUCCUUCGCUUGAAUCCCUUCAUUAACCUCUUCGAUCCUCACCUCCACACAGUCCCAUAUGUCCGUAACCGAUCUCGCUUCCUCUUCUCUACCCUCAUUAUGGCUUGCUGCAAGUUUUUCAAGCCCGAGUUUUAUCCACAGGCACAGAAAAUUGCCAACGAGUUUGCCGUUCGUGCCUUCGCCGAUGGUCAGAAAAGCGUUGAGGUCGCACAAGCCUUCGCUUGUAUGACCUACUGGAAAGAGCCGGAGGACACUCGGACAUUCUCAUACAUUGGGUACGCUUGUCGUAUGGCUGUCGAGCUUGGCUUGAACACCCUUGUCCGUCGUCGCCCACUCGAUGAGAGUGACUACCAGCUUCUCGAACGUCGUAAUCGCGAGAGGACCUAUCUCGUUUUGUUUGUUCACGAUCGGAGUCUAAGCGUUCAGACUGGUCGACUGUGGAUGCUACCCGAGGACGAUUUCAUUCGGCACUCCGUGAGCUGGCAUUCUGACCAUCCUAUGGCUCCGCGUCCCGAGGAUACCAUUAUCGCCGCAUUCACGCAACUCCAGAGGAUCGCUUCGGACACUACGGAUACCUUCAAUGCUCAGAAAGAUAAUCCGCCCGCGCAUAUUGACGGUCAUAACCAUGACGCACUACUGAGGACAUGUAAUGGCAGGUUGACGCAGUGGAUGGAUACUUGGCAUCAUGAGAUGCGGCGUGCUGCAGGGGACAAGUUCCAUAUGGCGUUCCUCAACAUUUUCAGGCUACAUGUCCGACUUUUCCUCAAUAGCUUUGGGAUCCAGAGUGCUAUGGCGAGCUCUUCAAAGGCUGUCCUCAACCUACAAGCUCUUUCUGCAUGUUACAACUCUGCCAUCGAGAUCCUCCAGAUCGUUGUGGACGAUUUCGCCGCUCCGAGUAUGUUGCGACACGCUCAGGAAUCAAUCACCGUCAUGACGGCCUACGCUGCUGUAUUCCUACUCAAGCUCCUUCGAAGUCCGAACACGAUGUCACAGUUGCAUGAAGGUGCGACAGAUGAGAUUUACACGCAUAUAUCGAGAGUUGCAGAGGCGUAUGAUCAGAUCUCCAGGUUGUCGGAGGUAAUGACUAGUGCAGCACACCAUGCGAGGUUUUUGAGGGGCUUGGUGGAACAUGAUAUCGCUAGGUCGAAGCAGAUGGAGCAACAGAGGAGACAGCAACAACAAGCGUCCGCGGACUACUAUCGUAGGAACGCCGCUUCGAGCUCCUCUGGUUCUUCAGACCUUUAUCGUUACCCAUCGUCCGGCGCUGCCGGGACUACGCGACUCCCACCCGUCCAAGUCGCCUUAUCGUCUGCCUACAUGCAUCGAAGCGGCGAGUCAGAGUACGCGUCUCCUACUACGUAUUCGCCCAAUUACAGUGGUGCUUACGUCUCGUCGCAUGGGUACCCUAGUCCGUCACCUAGUAGUCAGGGACAAGCUGAAUCAAACCUCCCUCCCCUUCAUUCUCAAGCACGAAACGCCAGUAGUGAUGCGAGUGGAAGUGGUGAUUCGACGAUGGGCGAAGGCUCUGAGUCGGCAUAUCGGACGAAUAUGUUGAAGAACCUGGGGUAUAAAGAUGACUUGUACCUGCCCCCUCCGUCAGCUUCGAUGUCUUCUUCCACCGCGUCUACUUCAAAUGCGACAGCUGGGCCGUCGUAUGGAGACAGGUAUCCUGCAGCAUCGAGUUCGAAUAUGGCGAGAAGUUCGGGGUAUACACAUGAUGGGAGAGGAGGAUAUGGGUACUCCAGUCAGGCUAACGACUAUUCUCGACACUCGCAAUAUGGCGGCUUUUAAUCGUCGUUUUAUGGGUUAUAGGGAGAAGACGGUAGGCUCCCGUCGGUCGGUUUUCUUUGGCCUUCCAUUUGACUGGUGUCAGUACACCAGUUGAGCCAAGGUCCAACACGUCUUCAUUUUCGUUGUGCAAUAUCAUCAUCAAGCCUUAAUUGCCUCGUUAUCGCCUGACAGUAGUUUCCUGCUCGUCGUUGCUGCUCGGAUUUUGGACUGUCUCGGUCACCCACCCACCAUAUGCACACCUCAAUCUUCAUUCGAUAUUCAAGCUUUCGACGUACACUUCUUGGGCAUCGUACCAUACGUAUCUUAUCUUCAUAUCAUCAAUCAUCACCGUUUUUCGUCAUCUGUCGCUCUUCCCAUCUUGUCAUCCUCGUCACCUCACCUUUUCUGCUCUUUCGCUGUCACUCGUCCGCUUCCCGUAUGAUAUUGGAUCUAAGUUAUGCUGCAGAAAUACCUUUGAACGAUGUACUCUCGUGUUGUACAUGUAUCAUAGGUUGUGUAGUCCCUCAAGUACUCUCUCUUUUCUUUACUCUCUCCUUCGUCUUCGGCUCGCAACUUGCUAUCCUUUUCCAUUUUCUUCUUCUCUAGUUCCGUAGUAAUCGCUUAUCGGUCUGCUAAUAGAGUAUCUUCAACAGUGUCUUCUGAACUCCACUUACUACUCGCUUGCUGAAUUAUGUAGAUCAUACACGAUGAAUACGUAACUCACUUAUCAAGAUCAAGAUCAGGAUACGCUCAGAUUUAGUGUGCUGGCGAGGUGGGGUAAGAAUUCGCCGAUUGACCGAACAAGCGGAAUCUCCAUAUGGUUAGUGGUAAAUAUAAGUAAAUGCGGUAC